AUGCAUUAUCAUCAUCAUUGUCUAGUAACGUUUAUUAGUACAAUUGUAUGGUUGACAUUUGUACAUGAUGUAACAGGUUCUGGUUCAUUCGAAGAGGAAACUAAAACAGAACGUACUAAUGAUGCACGUAUGCCCACUACAACGCCUGAGAGUUCAGCGAACUCCUUGAAACUAUCUUGGAUAACCGUUUCAUCAAUCUCCGUGAUAGUGAUUGGACUGAUCAAUGGUCAUUUAAGAAGAUUCAUCUUCUAG